AUGUUUGCUUCCUCUUUCAAUCCCGCUGUCCGACCUCCCUCCCGUGGUGGAGCAGCCAAGAAUUAUUUCCUCCCGGUCCCGUCGGGCUUCUCUCUCCAGGUCUUCAAGGCUCCGACGAUGUCUACACGUCCAUAUGCAGCGAAAGUGGACUUAGACUACCGUCCUAUGACACGGGCAAACUCUCAGUCCAGACAACAGUCCGGACACGUUCCUCGCCAGCAGGAACCCACGAGGAAGCUAUUAAAGGCUCCUCCGCCCGAGGAGCCAGGCUUCACUAAGCGAUCGUACGAGCACAAGCCUAGCUCCGGGAGAUACGCUAUUCACGCCGGACCUGUGCCCGACACAUACAUUUAUGAGCGCUCGAUAUCGUCCAAGGCUGGAUACCCCUACUCGCCUUCUGACGUAACGAGCGAAUGCGACUCUAUAUUCUCAGUCAACACACAGAUCUCCUCCGGCUCGUCGAGCAGCAGCGUCACGGAUAGCCCCCAAAAUACACGGAUGCUUCAGAUCAGAGCUGCAUCGCCAAGCUCUGAACAACUACGUUCGCGUUCACCCCCUUCUUACCACCCCAGGGGCAUGUCAACUUUCCCACUAGGGCAUUCGUGCCCUUCAUGUGGUGAGGCGAGUUCUCCGCCCAGAACAUCAUCCAUGACUACUAAUAAGGGGAACUACAUCCAUUAUCCUUCACGUCCACUCCCUACGCCCCCAGUGAGCGCCAGAGUACGUAAGGACAGCAUUCUUCUGGCGAGCGAACGCUCUAUUAUGUCAUAUGACACCCGCCAGCACUCAACAUCCCUAAAGCAUGGUGAACGCGUGCCGUUCCCGGCUCCACCGGUAGACGAGCAAGGGAGAAACAGCAUGGGAAUCCACCCAUCGCGCUCAUCGUCCCUCAAGGGGAACCUCUCCAUUACUAUUCCACCACCUCCAGGGCUUGGAUUUGGUCCCCGGUGGUCAUUACGAGCCUUGCCGCAGCGGGCGAUGUGCCCCGCUGCAGUUGCACGGUCUGUGCGGUGGUGUGAUGACUUGAUAUGUCCAUCGCCUAUAUUCCCGAACCAGAGAAGGAAGGGUUGGUUCAAUCGCAGAGGAGACCAGCUCUGGCGAAACGAUGGUUACUACCGGACACCAGCACCAGAAGACGCGUACCCUCCUGAUCUUGAGGGCUACCCAGAGCCUGGAUGUGGGUGGCAGAAUGAGGAAGGAACUCGCAUUGACAUCAGUCAUCGUCUGAUACCCAAACCUCCCCUGCGCUCUGUAUUGAAGCCAACGAAUUAUAAGUGUCAGGAUGGUAUUAUCGCUGGUUACCUCACCGCUGCCCCCUCCUCGCCGACCUCUGACGACGAGUGA